AUGUCAAAACUCAACGAAGACGUAUUUUUUUUAAUAUUUAAAGAGUUAAAGCAUGAUAAAAAUUCACUUUAUUCAUGUCUUUUUGUUAAUAGAACUUGGUGUGAAACAGUAGUGCCUAUUUUAUGGGAAAAUCCUGGUUAUAGUUAUCAUAGUUCUAGUUCAAUGAGUAAAUUAUUUAAGAUAAUAAUUUUACUUUUAUCGGAAGAAUCAAGAGAUACUUUAGGAAUUAAUAAUAGUAUUACAGAAACAUAUCAACGUCCUUUAUUUAAUUACAUUGAUUACUGGAAAUAUUUAGAUAUGUCUUUUAUAGAAAAUUUAAUUUCUCAAAGAAGUAUUAUUGAAUAUUCCAGCGCGUCUGUUAUAAGAAACGAAAUAUUAAAGUUACUUAUUGAUAAAAAUAGAAGUAAAAAAUUCAUAAAUCUUUCUAUCCAAGAUGAUUAUGGUUAUUAUGAUUAUCUACACCAUAUUUCAGGGGCUGAACAUUGCUUUUCAAAACUUGAAUCCUUUUAUUGCAAACGAAAUGUUGAUCAAAGUUUUAUAAAAGGUUUAGCUAGGAUAUGCAAAUCGAUUGAAAAAUUUAGAUUUGAAGAUGUUUCUAACUGUGUCGAUAAUUCUGGAAUUCUUAAAUUGAUUGAAGUACAAGAAAAACUAAUUGAUGUUGUUUUCACUGUUGAUUACUAUGGUAAUGGUAAUGAAUCAUUUUACAAGUCUCUUGAAGAAUCUUUGAUUAGACACGCUGAUACUGUCCAUUAUUUGAGAAUUGAUUGGAAACCUAUUACAAGACUUCUUUCAUGUCUUCCAAACUUAUUAAGUUUAGAAUUUAAUAUAACUCAUUCUGAAUACUGGAAUGAGUCAGAUUAUUUAAAUGAUUUAUCAUUAUCUAAUUUAAAAAUUUUGAAGACUAUUCAAGUUCCAGCUAAAAGUUUAGUAAAUUUAAUUGAAGGCACAAAAGGAUAUCUUACUGAAAUUGAUAUAACUUAUGAGGAUGUUGAUGAUGAAAUGCUUAUUCAAGCAAUAUAUCAAAAUUGUCCAAAUCUUAGAUAUCUUAAGAUAUCAUUAAUGAAUCAUACUAAUUCACUCAUUUCAGAAUUUGAAAAUUUAUCAAUUCAUUGUAAAUUAUUAAAUAAAUUAUUUAUUGAAAUAUAUAAUAACUUUAGUUGGGAUAAAUUGUUUAUUAUAUUAGCUAGGUCAGCACCAAUUGGUUUAUUUAAAUUUAAGUUUCAUUCCACGAGAUUUGAAUUGGAAGAUUUUAAAUUAUUUUUUGACAAUUGGAAAAAUAGGAAUCCUGUACUGUUAACAAUAAGCUACACUCCUUUUUUUGUUAACUUGAGUGAACAUCAUCAAUUAGUAGAUUUAUUUGAAAAAUAUAAAGUGAAAGAAAUAAUUAAAAAAUACUACAUUAGUGGUCAUUUUGAAGAAUUUAGUAAUAAUUAUUGA